AUGCAAGCUAUCAUCAUCCUCUAUCUGUGGAGCCUGUGGCCGGCUUGCAUGGCUCCCCCUCCGGUAAACGAGCCGAAGAGCUCGCUCCAGUCUGGAGCCGCCGCCAAAAGCCGACUGAUCAGCCGAUCCAAACGCAAUCUGACCCAACUGAAAGAAGAAGAGCCUGGAUGCAUCGACGACGCCGGCGUAGGUUCGAGGAAGGAAUGGGCUGAAGGAAAGUUUGAGCAGAAAAGGCCAUACCAAACUGCAUACGAUG